AUGUACUCCACAGCAACUGAACUACUGAGGGGUGGUAAACUUAACUUUAGAACAUCCUCGUCAUCGAUCACGGGCAACGAGAUCCGGUACAACGACCCGGACUGCAGACCGGGAAUGCGAUGUACCAGGAUCGAGGCCUGUGACGACCCGGGCACCGCCCCGACCCUCAGCGCGGACAAGAAGCACUUUGCUUGCUGCCUGGAGGGACAGCAGCUCCUCGGCAGCCCCGACACGGCGUUUGACUGCUGCGCCGGCGGCCACGACUUGGUGGGCUCCGCCGCGACGGGCUACCGCUGCUGCCCGAUCGGCUACACGUACGACGGACAGCUGUGCAGGGAGCUGUGCAAGAACGGAAAGCAGCUGGUCGACGGGAAAUGUGUCUGCCCCGAGGGGACCGUCGAGGCGGCGGACGGGACCUGCAGGCAGGCCAGGCCGCCGAAGCCGGAUUGUUCGUCUGGAUUGGAGACGGGAAAAUGCCACACCUUCACGAGCGAGAAUGGCGACCGCCUCGGCCUGCACAACGACGGGGUGUACUACGCCACCAAGGACAGCAUAGCCCAUCGGUACGGCAAGUUCCAGCUCUGCAAGGACGAGAAGUGCACGCCCGGCCUGGCCAUCAACCCGUCCGACAAGACGUACAUCCGGGACAUCUACGGCGACGUCACGACGGGCGCCAACGCCGGCAUGUGGCUCAACAACGCCAAGAACGGCCGGCACAUCGGGCGCACCAAGGCCUUCGACCAGGCGGGCGAGUUCGCGCUGAGCAAGUGGCCCUGCGGCAAGUACUGCCUCGGCGGCUUCCGGCACGGCCUCGGCCCGGCCUGUCCCGCCCAGACCCCGGCCCUGACCUUCUACACGCAGGAUCCCCAGAUGUGCGUCCCCUUCGAGCUGACCGAGGUCCCCUGCGACAUCAAGUCCGACGCCAACAACUGCAUCUGGACGAACGGAGACCAGUGCUGCGACAAGGUCGAUUGCUCUUGGAGGAGGCGCGGCGGCGACUCGGGCCACAAGUGCCAUUAA